AUGCCAAGUCACCUCGACGGACUCAAACAAGAGUUGCAAGAAGACGAACCCUUCGAAUCUGCUUUUAUCAAUGCCUCUGAGGAGCAGUGCAAAAGCUGGGCUCUAGAGAAGCAGUAUGAGGUCAAUUUCAUCGAGCAGAACAUCAUUGGCAUUGCAGAUGCGCGCACUGCUAGGGAUGGAACUAUCUUAAUGAGUCGCUAUAAAACGGAUGUGCCUUCGGAGGAUUUCCCCGAAUGGGGCGGUCCCCUCCCGCCGCAGAUCAACACCUGGUAUAACUGGCGUAUCAAACCUGAUGGAGCCCCCGAGGUAUAUAUAUCUCUGGUUUAUGGCCCACCAGAGAGUGUUCUCCCAACCUAUUUUGCACGCAAAGAAGAGUUGACCAACGAGAAGGGUGUCUUUGACACUGAUAAGGCGGGUUCGUAUGUUAUGGGCAAAUAUCCUGAGACGGGUGAGAAAAUCCCGGCUUAA